UGCUGGAAGCCAGUUGAAUAUUUUAGUGUGGAGUUUUGAUGAGUGAUGCCCUGUAUGGAAGGAAGAGUUGGUGAGGUGUAAAGUAAUUGCUGUUUCGGUAGCGCCCGAGCUUUAGCGUGUGGAGGAAGUGUCUUUGUUUGGAUUUGGAUAUAGUCGUUUUUGUGCCCCGACUGGGACGAUCCACCAAGUGCUAUUCUUUAAUGUCCAAUUCGAGUCUUCUAUCGUUGGCAAUAUUCCGCCUCUCGCCAGGGAUUUCGGUCCCAGGAUGUAAUCGCAUGCGAGGGUUUAGCGUGAUUUGACCAUCAAAAGCUCAUGCGAAAGUAACAUUUCUACUCGUCAUAUUUAUCUCCCUACCACUUGUGUACUCGUGCCCUGGAGUAGCACCCUUGAUGUGUUUCGUACAUGGCCUUGGAGAUUUGUCAAUCAUUUCAACUAUCGAGACCGUUGUCAUUUUGACUAGUUUUCCGGGAGAAGAUCCUUGGUUGGAUUACAUGUAAUUCCGACGGAUGAUGAGAAAUUGGUAUUCUCAAGGUUGGAUCUCUUGAAGUGCGAUCUGAGAGGGGGAGUCCCAGAGCUUUCUACGCUAUUUUCCACUGACUAAAUCAUGGAAGUCAAUGCAUUCGACGAGCUCGUUCCCAUCGAUGACCAGAUAAAUGAGAGCGACGACUCCGCUUGUUGGCUAUGGCGAGAUGACGCGUUCAAAUUGGACUCAGAAUCAAACAUAGCUAUGGUCAAGUCUUUCUGGGACGAUUUGACUCAAAAUGAUGAGGAGAUAUUCGCCUCGACUCCGCCAAUUGAGAAUGAAAAGAGAUUAAGCUCUUUGUAUUUCUCCCUAGGUAAAAGUGACAAUGCUAGUUCUACUAGUUAUAGUGCUGAAAAUUGUGGACGAAUAAAGAGACGUAAAAUGUUGCACUUCUCUUGCACUAGUAAGGAACCCGUCCCUGUUUCUUCAUUGGAAUUCGAAUCUGCCUCAGCGAACAAGUCACCUUUUGCGAGCUGCGUGAAUUUACUGGACCCUGAAGCUGACGAAUUUCUCGUGCCGGUUCCCUCGUUGUCUAGUAAUUUUUGGUGCUCCAAAGAUGAAGUUGGGAACGGUGCUGACGACAAAUGGCUGUCGAAGCGUGAGGAGCCCCACCGUCCACCUGAAAAAGAAAAAGUUGUGAUGCAGACUACCAGUCGAACUGAAGGAUCAGGUUCAAUGGUGCAGUCUUCGUCAACUUCUGAAGGAGAGGGGUUGCAAAGGCCUCUAACACCAUUUUCAAAGGGGUCUACUCCUGGAUGGAGAUCCAGUCCUCUGACAAGGUUCCGAGUUCAAGCUACGCCUGUAGCCUACCCAUUUAACUUAGUGAAACCAAAUAUUGCUCAUGGUGAUGUCACAUUAAGUGAUAUAAAUCAGCGAAUCAAGAGUACAUCUCCAAACCCUACUCGUUAUCAGACUUCAAGAGGCGAACAGAAGUCCCUAGCUCAGUCUGGAUUAGGUCUUUCAGGAAAGGCCGUAGUGGAGUGUACCAAGAUUCACACUGAAGGCAAUGGUACCAUCACGAUCAUGAAAACCCGAGGGUAGAGAUGAAAAUUUGAAAGGGGUACCCUUCCAAGUACCCAUUUAAGGAGCUUUUUAGAUCCUAAUCUUGCUGGCUCUGGCUCUGAAUUUGGUUAGGAAAUUCCGUGAAUUGUUGUUUACUUUUUAAAAAAUCCUUUUCAGAGAGUGUAUAUAUUUAACAGUCACACAACGAGGAGCGGGCCUUGUUGAUGACAACGCAGGGUCUGAUGUCUCGCAGUUAGCGAGAUGGAUUGAAAUGAGUUUAAAAUUACUAGCCUAAGUUUAGAAAGUCUGUUUCUGUUGCUCAGAGGCCCAUAAAACUACAUUGUGUAUUAUAUGGUGGGACUUCCAGCAACUUCCAGCCGUAGUAUGGCUGUGGGACAUGUUUGUAUUGUAAAUCAGACAUGUAAGGAUCAGAGAUUUCAAACUUGACUCUGUAAUGUUGAAGGUUAAGGACAUGUUCUUGCAUGCAUCA